CGCCAGAGUCACUACACGAUCUCAUUACCUUGACACUUCCUGUCAUCGAAGUUGACACCCUCCGUUGUCGCCAUCCUGUAUACAAUACAAUCAGCAUUUACUCAUCAAUUCAGUCCAAUCAAAAUGCCAUCGCUUGCGCCACCGAUCUUGGUUGACUUUGGCGCCGCUCCAAAUCGUCAAAGACACCACAGCAGCCAUGACGCAGGUGAUUCAGCCACGACCAACAUCUCAACAACUCCUUUUAUCUUGCAUGUUUUGAGACGAGAUUUGCUCUUUUCUUACACUGACACAGGCGCCGUUGAUGCCUUUCCAGAAAGUUCGUGAUAGCUGCUGUCCGUUGCCAUGUCCAAAGGCCCGAUAAAGAAGAGAGUCCUGGUUGUUGGGGCUGGUGCUGCAGGCAUGUCCUGUGCUCACCACCUCGCUCAACACCCAGACAAGUUCGACGUUACUUUGAUCGAAGCAACCAACUACUGCGGCGGCCAGGCCUUCUCGAUCCCCAUUGACAAAGACAAGCACGGUGCCUCAUGGCUGAACCAAGGCGUCCAAGGUGGCUCUUACAUCUUCCAUCACACCAUGACAAUGUUUGCCCGCCAGGGUCAUGUUGCCAAUCCUGUCAAGCUGCAAGUGUCUUUCGGGAAAGGAGAUCGGUUCUGGACCAAUGUCUACCCCACCAAGCUGCUCGAGAAACACCAGAACGAGAUUCGUCGUUUUGUCCAGAUGCUUACUCUGACUCGUUGGUUUGAGAUAUUCUUUGCCCUGCUCCCCAUCAAAUAUCUCAUGAAGCUCUUCAUGUUCAGCUACGAGUUCGCCAAUGCCGUUGCUCUUCCCAUGGUUGCCCUAUUCCUUGGAACUGGAAACUACACACCCGAAGUGCCGACCAUCAUUCUCGAACGGCUGUGCACCAGCCCAACCUACGGCAUGUGGUAUCCUCCGGACAAGGAAAGUAUAGCGAGCAACCUUCCUCCGAUGGUCGUCUUUCCCAACUUCAGUCAAUUCUACGAAGACUGGAGAAAAGACCUCAUAAAGAAUGGUGUGAAGGUUCGUCUGUCGACAGAGCUCACCGAGACCCUCUAUCGGGACAAGAAUGGCGUUGUGGUAAAGCUCAUCAAGCGAAAUCCAGCUCCUGACAACUGCAGCCCAUCCGGUGCUUGGACACCGGAGGAUUACACUGCCAACGCCGACCCCAGUGCCGAGGAAACCAACGAACACUACGAUGAGGUCGUCUUCUGUUGUCUCGCCGACACCGCAAACCGCCUCCUCUCCAAAUCCCGCACCAAAUGGGAACGCCUUAUCCUCCCCCGCGCUAUCUGGUCCAACGAUCUAACCAUCACCCACUCAGACACGUCUUACAUGAUCAAGCACUACGAAAACUUUUUCACCCCCGACCAAGCCGUCACCACUCUUUCCGGAACAGACCACUCCACUCGGGUGGCCAUCGCCCGCGGUGACUACGGGGAGAUGAACAGCUUCAAACCAAUGUACUACAUCAAGCCCUACCCUUCUGACAUGUCCAAGCUGGAAAUGUCGUUUGACUGCACCAACUACCAGGCUCAGUUUCCGCCCUCUGUCCCGUUCGAGAACCACGUCUUCCAGACCAUUUUCCUCAACAAGGAACGUGAUGGGCAUCUCUGGACUGAUAAUGAGAUUGACCAGACGAAAAUUAUCCGCAAGGACUGGUGGCAUCAGCUUUGCCAUUCGUGGACUCAUUACCUGCUUGUUGUGCCGUGGUUGUGGCCGUUGCAGGGGAGAAGGCAUGUCAGGUUUGCGGGUAGCUGGACGUUGAUCAAUGCGCAUGAGGUUGCGGUGAUGAGCGGGAUAGCGGCUGCGGUUGAUCUGGGGGCGGAGUACCCGAGGGAUUUGGAGAGGGAUGGGUGGGCGUUGUUGUGUUUUAGGCUGUAUUACUUGUUGGUGUAUGGACGGUGGUAUAGGAGGAGAAAUAGGAGUAAGACGUCGACUGGGGAGGGGAGUGGUUGGGCUGGGGGGUUGUAUGGGAGUGUUUAUAAGGGGCCGGGGGUGGUGGAUGAGGAGAGGCAGAUGUGGAGGAGGGAGAAGGAGGGGGAGGGGGUGAAUGGGGGGAAGUGA